CGUGGACUGAACUGGGUUUCGGACAGCGCUACUCGCAGUUCGGCUGGAGCUAAGGUAAUUAACUUUAGUGGUUCAGGAGUAGAAUCCGUCAACUGGUCGAUGGAUCCCCAGACCUGUCAAGGUGUCGUCUGAAAGUCUGUCUUUCUUUCUCUCCAUCCCUCCUUUUCUUCGCGCGCUUCUCCGACUCUUCGACGAUUCUCCCAGCCUCAUACUUCUCUUCGCUCACCGACAGCUGAUUCGAGCUGUGUUCGAUCCUGCCCUCCGCGUCGGAAGCGAGAAUUGACAACACCGCAAAUCGCGUCGCAGACCGUCGCCUCGCACGAUCGCACGAUCUCAUGAAAUUGGAUCUCAACUGAUAAAAUUCUGCAUCGACAAACGCUGCGACGGACCUCUUUUGAACAGCUAAUCGUCGCUGAUGACUCCCCUCCUUUCCGUUCCUGACCGAUAACCGACCCACUCACACCGCAUCGAUCUCUUGAACACGUCAGUUUGCGAAUCGCUAUCCUAUAAAGGUCAUGACGGCCUCGCCGCCAGCCUCGCCCACGGGGGCGCCUCCGCGACCUUUCAGUGCACUCAUGCGGACUCCACGGAGCAACAGUCGUAUGAGCGUGAGCAGUAAACAUGGGGGAAGCAGAGCAUCGGACGAGGAUGGGAAAACCGCGGUCAAAGUUGCUGUCCGUGUCCGCCCUCCGCUUAAACCGACCGACCCCGGUUACGAAUUGAUCCCGCAACGUUUCCAGCGUUCCAUGGCUCAUGUCACUUCGCCUACCAGCUUAGCCGUCGAUGUGCCCCAAGGUCGCAAAUUGUUUGUCUUUGAUCGCGUGUUCCCCGAGACUGUCGACCAGGAAGGAAUUUGGGAUUACCUCAGCGACAGUGUCGGUUCUUUCUUGCAGGGUUACAAUGUCUCCAUCUUGGCAUACGGCCAGUCGGGUGCUGGUAAAUCGUACACAAUGGGAACUUCUGGUCCCAGCGAGCAGAAUGACACGCAGGCAAUGGGUGAGUCGGGCUCUUCUCUCAUUUGACGCGGAUACUGAUUUCUGCAGGCAUUAUCCCACGCGCCGCUCAGCUUCUUUUUGAGAAACUCGAGGGUCCCAAGCAUGCCCGCACCAGCUCUACCGGGCUUCGCGCACCCGCCCGAUACUCAAUCAGCUCUACCUCUAGCUUUGGAAAGCAAAACGUUGAUAGAAACUGGCAGCUGAAGGCUACCUAUGUCGAGGUAUGGGUAUCGAUUCGCGUUGUAUGAGGUUUCUCUGACCGUUCUCAGAUUUACAACGAACAAUUGAGGGAUCUGCUACUUCCCGACUCUGUGGCCUCUACAGACAGAAAUUCCGUCACAAUCCGUGAAGAUACCAAAGGCCGCAUUAUUCUAACCGGUUUGCAUCAAGUCAGUAUCAACUCUUUCGAGGACCUGAUUGGAGCUUUGAACUUUGGUUCAUCCAUCCGACAAACCGAUUCGACCGCGAUCAACGCCAAAUCCUCGCGAUCCCAUGCAGUGUUUAGUUUGAACCUUGUUCAGCGGAAGUCCGCCAACGGAGUAACAUCGCCAAAGGAUAAGCGCAUGUCCAUGCCGGUGGAGAUGCUUUCCGGUGCCGACCACUCUGUGACUAUCGAUAGUAAACUCCACUUUGUCGAUCUGGCAGGAAGUGAACGUUUGAAGAACACCGGAGCGUCCGGCGAGCGUGCACGUGAGGGUAUCUCGAUCAAUGCUGGUCUUGCCGCUCUGGGCAAAGUCAUUUCGCAGCUGUCCUCUCGCCAGGCUGGUUCCCACGUCUCAUACCGCGAUUCUAAGCUCACACGGUUACUUCAAGACUCGCUCGGUGGCAAUGCUUACACGUACAUGAUUGCUUGUGUUACACCGGCCGAGUUCCAUCUUAGCGAGACCCUCAACACGGUUCAAUAUGCGCAAAGAGCCCGGGCAAUUCAGAGCAAGCCCCGUAUCCAGCAGGUCGCAGACGACAGCGACAAGCUUGCCGUUAUCGAACGACUAAAAGCCGAGGUUGCAUUUUUGCGACAACAACUCCGCAACGCCGAGGAUAAUGACCGGCGGGGUGCCGCUCCUCAGGACCGCUCUGAGCGGUCGAACGAGCGAGAGAUCGAUCUUCAAAACCAACUUCUCGAUGUCCAGGAGAGCUACAAUGCUCUGAGUCAGCGCCACGCUAAGCUGAUUUCGGAACUUGCCAGGGACUCUGAGCAGACCGGUGAAGGAGAGGACGCUGCUGAUACCGUAGGCAGCUCUAUCGAGAGGCUCAAGCGGUCACACUCCUUCGCUGAGUCUGUUGAGCAGGUUGUUCUCGAGUACGAAAAGACAAUUCAAAGUCUUGAGUCGUCACUGUCAAACACUCGCACCUCAUUGUCCACCACAGAAAGCACUCUUCUAGAGCGGGAAACCAAGUGCGCGUAUGUGGAGACGGUUAACUCUCAGCUCCAGGCACGCAUCCAGAAACUCUUGGACAGAGAGGCCAGCACGGAAACUUAUCUCCAUGAGCUAGAGUCUAAAAUCGACGGACAGUCCUCGGGCGAAGAGAAACAGGCUGCGAUCGUGUCUGAGCUGCGCAAGGAGCUCAGCCGUGCCCGGGAGAGUGAGGCUAGCUGCGAAGACUACAUUUCCACUCUGGAGGAGCGACUGGCUGAGGCUGAUCAAGACAUGGAGCUAAUGCAGAGAGAGAUUGACCGUCUAGAGCACGUCGUUGACCGACAGCGAAGCCUCGGCAAGCUUGAUAGCCUUCUUUACGAGUUGGAUCAUGUUCAGCAGAACGGAACCAAGAAGGACGAGCCUCAACUUGAGACCGACGACAAUUACAUUCUUCCUUCGGGAGCGUACCAGCCUCGCAACCGAGCAAACACUCUGGACGUGCUCACCGAGGCCGUCGAGACUGCCAUUCCCGAAUCCGACGAGGAUCUGGCUGAGCCCAUCCCUGAAGUGGAUGAGAAUAAGGAGGCCGAGGAGUUGAAGUCGGAACACGACGACUCCGAUCUCAAGGUCCUGGAGCGGGCGACCAGUCGCCUCGAAGUGUUGCAGAAUGGCGAGGUCCCUCCUAGCCCGACCCAGAUGCGAGUCGUCUCCGACAAGCUGGAAACCGUCAGCCAAGAGCUUCUGGAUCUGCGUGAGCAGCACGAGAAUACUGUCAACGACUACGAGCUCCUCGAAGCCAAGUACGAGGAAGCUCUCAGGGCCCUGGCAGAGCUCCAGCAGGAUGCGGCGGACGAGGCGCGCCACCGUUCGUCCAACGUCCAGAACCUCAUGUCCCCAGUCACCAACUCCCGCCCGGUUUCUUUUUUAGAGGAUCCCAAGGCUCCCUCGAAAGCUGGAACACAACACUCGUUCUCGCAAUCACUCUCAUCGGAAUUAUCCUUGGCCGGGGAGCCUGUUACUUCGCACGAUUCGUAUAAUGCGAACUCGGAGGCCACUCAAACUACGGUGGAUCAGGACGAGCAGGAUGUGGAGGAGAUGCGCAAGCUGCUUUUGGAUCACCAGGAAAACGUCACUACCAUGACUCAAAAGUACACGGAGCUGCAGGCUGAGCAUGAGGAUACGCUGAGCUUGAUUGAAUCGCUCAAGGCUGAGCUGCAACGAUCUAGGUCGACAUCGCCGCCCACGACACCUGGCUUCAAAACUGUCAUUCGCCGAAAGACUAGCCAGAGCUUGAUUGGCAACGUUGACCGUGCCCACCGUUCGAUCGGAGGGCUACGCAGCAUCGCCGUGGAGGAGUUUGCCUCGCGCCCCGACACCAUGCAGAACUUUGAACUCCACCUCGACGCCGCGAUGCACGAGCUCCAGACCCGCAUGGAGCGCAUCCAACAACUCGAAGGGGAGAACCAGAGUGUCAAGAAGGAAAUGGAGAUGAAGUCCACUAUCAUCUCCGGCCUUACCCGGGAGCGAUCUAGUUUACAGGGGGCCUCUCCCGUUGACAAGGGUCUUGUCGCUCAGCUGCGCGACCAGGUUGUGCAGCAGGAGAAUGCUCUCAACCAGUUGAGGGAAGAGCAUGAAGCUCGGGAGAAGGUUCUCCGCGAGGAGAUUGAGGACCUGAAGGCUCUUCUGACGACACAGGAGGAGGCUGCCAAGGCCCAAGACGCCCAUGUCGAGGAGCAGGAGCUGAGACUCAACCACCUCGAGAGUGAACUGACGGAAUGGAAGGGCAAACACCAGAGCGCCAUUGACUCGCUGCAGUCGUCCGAGAAGCAACUCAAGUCGACACUGGAUGAGCUCAACACCGCUUUGGCCGCCAUCGAUACCAUGCGUUCCGAAGGCACGACUAUCGACGCCUAUGAGAAGGAGGAGGCGGCUAAAGACGUUGAGAUCGAGCGGGCCGAGCAAAGCCAGCUCGUUGAAGAUCUCAAGCGCAAGAUUGAACACCAUGAAGCUACGUCCGCGACUCAUCUCGAGAAGAUUGCGUCACUCGAGAAGCUGCAUGAGGCCCAGAAGCAAGCGGCCGGCCAAGCAACCACAUCCGACGAGGUUGAAGUGCGCCAAGCUCGUAUUGCCGAACUCGAACAGGAGAUCGACAGCCAGAAGGCUCUUGUUGACUCUCACAAGAAGGACCUGGAGUCCUUGCAGGAGUCUCACAAGCAGGAGCUUAGCGAGUUGGAGGCGCGGACGAAGGCUGCUGCUCAAGCGGAGCAUGAGUUGCGUCUCGCGGAACAGAAUACCCAGCACGAGGAGGCUAUGAAGUCUCUCCGGGCGGAGAUUUCAGAGUCGCGCGACGAGCUGGUCAAGCUGCUCAAGAUGGUCUCGAACCUGAUCAAGUCGGAUGUCACUGCCGAGAACUUGGCCGAUCAGAUUCAGGACAUUCUGAUGCAGAAGCAGCACUUCUCCGACAAGUAUGCGGAGCUGAUAGACACGAACGAGGAUCUCCGCAAGCAGAUCGAGGCCAGACAGGGAGAUGACAGCCGUGUCGAAGAGCUCAACAAGGCCAUCACCAUCAAGGACGGCAAGGUCAACGAGCUUGCCCUGCUUGUUGCCACGCUAGAGGAUACCCUUCUGCAGAGAGAUGAGCAGAUCAAGAAGAAGGAAGCGCUCGUCGCCGAAGCCCAGGCUGAAAAGGAAAAGAGCGCUCGCCUAGUUGAGGAGCUUGAAGACCAGAUCACCAACAGCUUCGACCAGCACAACAACCGCCUCUCCGUUAUCCAGCAAGAACGUGACCAGGCGUUGGUUGAUGCCAAGGCCAAGAUUGUCACAUAUGAACGUGAUAUCGAGACCUACCGUGUGCGCAUUGAACAGCUUGAGAACCAAGACAGCUCGCACGACCGCAGCAGCUCUCUCACAUCCAACCUUCGCAAGAGCUCGUCGGCCGCCUCUCUCCCGUCGCCCCCGCCGGCCAUUCCUCUUCCUCCCCUCCCUAGCAUUGCUGCCGCCACCAAUGGCACCUCUUCUCCUCCCAGCUCUCGGCACACUAGCAAAGAGCUGGUCGGCAGCCAGAUCGUCGAGGAACAAGAGGCUCGCAUCCGCACGAUCGAGAAGCACCUCAACGCUGAGAAGCAGCUUACCGCAACUCUCGAGGAGGCUCUUGGCGACCUAGAAGCUCAAAGCAACAAGGUCAAGUCCGACUGCGAGGCGUGGAAGAAGAAGGCCUGGCAGCUGGAAGAGGAGCUGGGCACACUGCGCAAAGAGCGCAGCUCGCAGCGCCUGUCCCUGCAGGCCGUCGAGGAAGAGCGCAGCGCCCGCCGCAAGGCCGAAGCCGCGCAGGCACAGCUCGAGGAGCGCAUGGCCGCCCUCAACAAGCAGAAAAAGAAGAAGAGCACGCUCAACUGCUUCUAGACGUUCGCUCCCUUCCUCCUAUUUUACCGAUUUCCCCCGAUUUUGCUUUUUGCCCAUGUUGACAUGCGAUUUCAGUCAUUGCAUCAUGAACUCCACGUUGAUUCCCCUGUAUUUCAGAUACCUUUUCCUCUUGCCUCUUUUUCACUUUUUUGACGCUUAAUCUGCUACGCUGCUUGUACCCCUACUACUACUGACUCACUCUACCUCCCUGAUCUGACCUCUAUGCACAUCACACGCUUCCAUCUCCUUUGCCUUCGAUUCUGGAUUUUGUAUCCCCCACUUACGACUUCUUUCUUACGAACCCCCUUUUCUAUUUCCUCUUUUUAACCUUUUGAAUUCGGGUGAUUGGUAAAAUCAUGCUGAUGUUUGUAUAUUUGUUACCUUUACUUUUGACCUACCGAGAAUCAAAGACUACAUACCUCUCAUAUAUUCGUACAUAGCUGUUGGUCAUACAUUGUCUUUUUUCAAAAUCCACGAGGUAUCUUUCGCAGAUCGCAGUUAUGCGCUACGUCAAACGUCCGGGGUUCGAUAUCGACGCGAGCGUACUUGGUAGGGGGCUGUCGGUUGUUUAGCCAUACCCUGUAUGAUGCUAGAAUUCCGCUAUGCUGUCUGAUGGGGUGACAGAUUCCACACUCUUAUCUCAAGGUAUAGAAUCGCAUAGUAUAGCCGUCCAUAACUGCACACCCCUGCCGCUCGAGAUGACUGGUUGUCUAGGUAAAGCCGCACCUUCCGAGUAUAACAAUAGCUAUAAACGGCAGGCGCGAUGGGGUUCAGUUCACCGACCUUCCCCGUAGUACACCAAGGCUACUCAUACUCAUAGUGUAGUGAUGCCAUUCGUCUAGUUUAUACAUCCAUAUAUCGCGUGGUUGCUCUCUCUCCGUGCCAGGCUCGGCCUGGAUUCUUUUUCUCGAAGAAUUGUUCAUUUGUGGUGCUGUCCUUCUCCCUGGAGCAGCUAUAUCUAUAGAUAUGCGUAUCAUAUCGCCAGAGCUCCGUUACCCGCUAGCGAUGAUGUUCCAAGAGAAGACGCGCAAUCUACCAAUUGUCAGAUUGCGUAACAGCUGAACAACCCGCUCCUCCGAUGAACUCCCUUGCUUGUUUUUCAUUCUGCACAACCCGCGGCCGCUGCUGAGACGGUGAAAGGCUGCCCACAUCCAUCUGCAACACGCUGUUGGGAUCAAUCACCACGACAGUCUUGUCCUCCGCGAGCAGACGCUUUAUGCUCUCGUGAAUCACCCGGCGCGCAACCGGAUUGAGCGAAAACGCGUCCCGAAGCGACACCACGACAGCACACGCAUCCCGGUGCUCGCCAGACCCUGGAUCGUUCGGAUCCGGCUCGCCGAGCUCCCGCACAAUGGCGCGCGUGAGGCGCUCCGAGCCCGCGAAGCGCACAGCGCCACGGAGCGCAAAGAUGACGACGCGUUGGUCGCAGUUCGAGUGAUGCGGUUCCUGUUUUCCCGCGACGAUCUUCGCCACCGAGGUGCUCACGCUCGCUCGGGCAAUCUGGCUGACGUCCAUCAUGUGGAACCCCAUGUCGCGGGACAGGUGCUCGAAGAGCGCGACGGCCCGGACACUGUUCCCGCGCUCGUUGAGUUUGGGUGAGAAGGCGGCGAUGCCGACUUGGCCCGGGAGGGCGCCGAUGAUUCCCCCCGCGACGCCACUUUUCGCUGGGAUGCCGACGCGCGAGACCCAGGACCCCGCGGCAUCGUACAUGCCACAUGUCGUCAUGACGGAGAGUACCUGGCGCACACUGUCGGCGGGCAUGAUGGUUUCGCCCGUGACGGGGUUCACGCCCGCGUUGCAGAGCGUCGCGGCCAUCAUGGCCAGGUCGCGGACGUUGACGUUGAUCGAGCACUGCCGGAUAUACCCCUGGACGACCUCGGCCGGCCGGCACGAGAUGAUGCCCGCGGCCUUGAGCAUGUACCCGAUCCCCAUGUUGCGGUCGGCGUCCGCCAGCUCGGCCUCGUAGACCUCCUCGUCGACGUACAGCGUCCGCCCCGCGAGCCUCGACAGCGUCUUGAGGAUGCGCUCCGUCCUCUCUUCCGCCGUCGCAUUUGGAUGCACGACAAGCGAAUGCGCCGCAAUCGCCCCAGCAUUGAUCAUGGGGUUCAUCGGCCGGUUGUUGUCCCUAUGCAGCGACAGUUUGUUGAACGCAUCUCCCGACGGCUCGACGCCGAUCUUGUCUAGGACACGCUCCAGCCCGGCAUCUUCGAUUGCGAUCGCAUACACGAACGCCUUUGAGAUGGACUGGAUCGAAAACUCGACGUCGUCGUCCCCGGCCGAGUAGACAUUCCCAUCCACCAUGACGAGCGCCACGCCAAGCUUGGACGGGUCUGCGUUGGCGAGUGUCUUGAUGUACUGAGCCGGUUCGCCAUCUUCAAUUGGCCGGACCCGCUCCAGCACUGCGUUGAGAUAGUCGGGGAUCGGGGACUUCAUAUUUAUGGAAUGGACUGUUCUCAGUGCGACAAGAGGAAUCGGCGGGGCAAAUCAAAAUAAACUUUGUUCAAUCAACCAAAGCCCAGAGAUGCCAAUGCCAAUGGUUUAUGUAAGCACAUGCCGAGCAAUCCAAGAUCCAACAGGCAGCUGCAUUCUCUUUUGACUGCA